GUGCGAUUUCCAAGUUCGAGAUCGCGGGCACCCGGGUACCGCUUCACUGCCACCGUGACAAUGGGCCGCCCGUGCUUCAUGCUGCUAUGUAGCAACCGGCAUGUACCUUUUUGGGUCUUUUACUCUGCCCACUGCUUCCUUUUCAGGUUGAUGUCCAAUAUACUACAAGCUCUGUCGUGUUUUGUCCCUUUCCCGCCCUAUGUAUCCGUAGUGUAUUUCGUACCGCCAACCUUCUCCAUCAUCCCUGCGCCUGACGCGAUGAGCAGCGUGAUCAAUGAAUGUACUCUAUCCCGUAGUCUCUAUAUCCCACCUUGGUGUAAAGCCCACACACACGUACACCCCUCCCCCUCUCUAGAUGUUUCUCCACCCACGAAUGCACCCAUCACGACUCUCUCUCUCUCUCCCUCCGCCAAGGACCUCCCAACAUGUGGCCCAGUCUGUCCAGGCCCAGGCAAGGCACCACGCAAGUGCCAAGCCCCAAAGCGUCGAGAGCCUCCUCCUACCUUACCUUACUCUUCGGCCUGGGUCCCGCUCGUAGCCUCUGAUACCACCAUGAUCCUCGCCAAGACCAGGGAUAUGCCAAGAUGCGCACGCGUACGCAAGCCAUCACCCCCUCCAGGAGUCUCCUAGACCUGGACCAGAGAAGGAAGAGAUGAACAGUACUGCAGUACUGCAGGACAAGGGCUGCUCGAGUUUCUCCAGAAGAGCCCAAAGGAAAGGGUCUUGGCCCUUGGCAACAGAAGCUUAGCCAAGAGAUGUCUUGGCUCUGAAUACUUAAGAACCAUCCUCCUCCGGC